GUGCGUCUCUGCGAGUCAUCGAGCCGCACAAUUUGGAUCAGGUAUGCAUCGAACGGCAGCCUUUACCUUCACAAGCGACUGCAAAAACAAUGGGCCCUCGUUGUCAACAGAAAAGUGGUGAACACUCUUGAAACGACAAUGCACUGAUCUGAACAGUAAAAGCGAAAACGAGGGCAGGCGCCGCUGUUCGAAGUGCCUUGUUUACCUGUUUGGGAAGCCUGUCCUUCUUGCUGGAGGAUCCUAUCAAAAGCUCAGCAACUUCAAGGGCUUGGUGUUCUCUCGUACAGACUGCUGGCUGCGCGCUUGAAUCACAUUGUGCAUAAUGAACCUUCCUCCACACAUCAGGAACAUGUCAAGGUCAUUGUUGGAGGCAUAAGCUCGUAGUGGUGGUUGUGGGCGAGGUACACAGGCUGUCUGAUGUAGACAUUGAGAUUCUCAAAGCUGCAAACCACUUUACGUUUGAAUGAAGGCAAACCUUAAAGUAGUGCCUUUUAGUGUGGGUGUACCACCACCGCUUUGAUCGAUCAAAGCAGGAGGUGGUUGACAGACCACUCGCAGACCAAGAUCGAGCACAAUGUUGUGGCGAAUCUUUGACCUGUCGCUCGCCGUCUUCUUCGCGCUCUUUGUGUUCAUCUCGACCUUUCUGGAGAUCCCAGUCUGUCUGGGCGAGAAGGUCACCCCAGAUUCAAAGGCUUUUCUGAUUGCAGACUCGUACAAGUGGGGGCUGGAGGCAGAUGUGGUCUGGAUCAAGCAACCCGUGUGGAGCCGGUGCGCGGUUUGCAUGCACGCCUUUGGUUUCAACGCCGGAUAUGCGCUGCUCUGCUUAAGCCUUCUUUUCCGGUGGAACUGGAUCCGGAUUCCAGGGAUAGCAAUAUGUACUGCCAAACUGUAUGCUGGUGCCCUGUACAUGGCGGCCAAUCUCCUCGACCCUGAGAUGUCCCCUCCAAACCCGACAAAGUUCGUCGCUCAAAGCGCAGCUUACAUGCUCAUUCCGCUACUGACGAUUUUAAGGCUCAUCCCGACGGCGCCGUUUCAACGUCAACCACAGAAGCCGAAGGCACUUCGGCCAAAACGUGCUUGAGGUGCUACUGAAUAAGUUGGUGCACAAGCCUGUGGGCAAGCUCUUUGUGUUGAAUCUUCCAGUGCUCUUCUUUGCACUAUUCCAUUGGACGCCUCCAUUGCUUAUGAUUAGCCUACAGUUGCUGAGUUGCUGUUGAAGAUAGUUAGUUGAGGCUACGAUCUUAUAAGGCCUUCGCAAAGGCCCCCUGAAGUCCCUGCACCACAGGCUGCUAGACGUUGCAGAGAUGAGUCCCGCGCGGGCUUUCAAGUGAAGCCGCUUGAUCGACCCUAGAGCUGUCGGAUCAAGCUCGGUUGUCGGGCCAAUGUUCACAGGAAUACAAAGAAUGGAUGGCGCGGAUCGCCGCUGGAUGCAAAUGGUAAGCUGGUCCGGUCUGCAAUUGGGCCCGAGGUAUCGAGUGCCACUUGAUGACACAGUGUCAGAUUAU